AUGUUGUCACUCCUACACGAUGAGACUACACUAGAGACUCUUUACAUUCCAAUAGACUCAAAAAGGACGUGCUUCACAAAACUUUGGUAUUCCACAAUUCUGGACUUCUCUGACUCACAAUUUCUUUCGUCUUCUGCCGCACUCCUCUGCCGAUCGAAUGCUUCUGUAACGAGAACAACUUCUUUGCUGUUUCAAACCCCUGUUUCUUCGGUUUUUGUUCGUGGAUUCGCUGGAGAAAAGAAGAAAGGAAAGAAGCAGGCAGCAGCACCUGCUCAGGAGACUGUAAAGAGCGAUAGUUUGAUUCCUAUAAAUAUUUAUGUUGAUGGAAAGGAUCCCGAAGUGUUACCCGAUGAUCAGUAUCCCGAGUGGUUAUGGCAUAUGCUUGACCCUAAAGUGACUCCUGAUGAAUGGGAAACGCGUAACUAUGAGGGAAUCACCGAAAAAGAUAUGCAAGCGUACUGGAAGCGUUUUGUAUUUAUUGUAGGGUGA